AUGCAAGCUGAUUCGUCUCCGGAGACAAGUUCUCCGUUGAUAAAACUCAUUAACAGAAGCGUGGUUCACAGAAUCUGCUCCGGGCAAGUCAUCUUGGACCUCUCCUCUGCUAUCAAGGAGCUUGUCGAGAACAGUAUUGACGCCGGAGCCACUAGCAUAGAGAUUAACCUCCGUGACUAUGGCGAAGACCAUUUCCAGGUCAUCGACAACGGCUGCGGCAUUUCCCCAACCAAUUUCAAGGUUCUUGCACUCAAGCACCACACUUCUAAAUUGGAGGAUUUCACAGAUCUUCAGAGUUUGACUACAUUUGGUUUUAGAGGAGAAGCUCUAAGUUCUCUAUGUUCCUUAGGCAAUCUCACGGUGGAGACGAGAACCAAAAACGAGCCUGUAGCUACGCUCUUGACUUUUGAUCAUUCCGGUUUGCUGACUGCUGAGAAGAAGACUGCACGCCAAAUCGGUACCACUGUCACUGUGAGAAAGCUGUUCUCUAAUUUACCUGUACGGAGCAAAGAGUUUAAACGCAACAUCCGCAAAGAAUAUGGGAAGCUUGUAUCUUUAUUGAACGCAUAUGCACUUAUAGCGAAAGGAGUGCGGUUUGUCUGCUCUAACACGACUGAGAAAAGCCCAAAGUCUGUUGUGCUGAACACACAAGGGAGGGGUUCACUUAAAGAUAACAUCGUAACAGUAUUUGGCUUGACCACCUUUACAAGUCUACAGCCUGUAAGUAUAUGUAUAUCAGAUGAUUGUCGAGUAGAAGGGUUUCUAUCCAAGCCUGGACAGGGUACUGGACGCAGUAUGGCGGAUCGGCAGUAUUUCUUUAUAAAUGGCCGGCCUGUGGAUAUGCCGAAAGUCAGCAAAUUGGUGAAUGAGUUAUAUAAAGAUACAAGUUCCCGGAAAUAUCCAGUUGCCAUUCUUGAUUUUGUUGUGCCUGGUGGAGCCUGUGAUUUGAAUGUCACGCCUGAUAAAAGAAAGGUCUUCUUUUCUGACGAGGCUUCUGUUAUGGGUUCUCUUAGGGAAGGUCUGAACAAGAUAUAUUCCUCUAGUAAUGCGUCUUAUGUUGUUAAUAGGCCCGAGGAGAGUUCCAAGCAACCAGAUAAGUCUGGAGUUUCAUCUCUUCCGGAGAAAUCAAAUCUCCCGUCAAAAGGGAUUGUUCUGGACAUGUCUCCCUCAAGGGAGGCUGAGAUGGAUAAUAGCUCGACUGUGGAGAAGUUCAAAUUUGACAUUAAGGCACGAGCGGCUAAGAGAAAGGAAGGUUCAUUAUCAGUCCAUGAUGAGCCCCUAUCUGUAACUCACCUUAACAAGACAACUAACAAAGGUUUGCCUCGCGUUACUGUGAAUGAGAAAGUUACUGAUGCAAGUAAAGACUUGAGCAAUCGCUCUAGCUUUGCCCAGUCAACUUUGAAUACUUUUGUUACUGUGGGAAAAAGAAAACAUGAAAGCAUAAGCACUGUCCUCUCUGAGACACCUGUGCUCAGAAACCACACUCCCAGUAGCAGUCUGGUGAAAAGCAAAUUUGAAGUUCGUGCUCUGGCUUCAAGAUGUCUGAUGGAAGGUGAUCAAGCUGAUGGUAUGGUCGUCUCAAAGGAGGAAGUGACGCCAAAGAAAAUGGAUUCUGAACUAGGAAAUCCGCUUUCUCCUGGAAUCCAUACUGAGAAUGUUGAAAGUCACGAAAGAGAACACAAGAAACCAUCAUGUUCUGAAGAACCAACAUCAGAUAACACAUGCACCGAGGGGGAUACAGAAACGAUUUUGGCGGACAGUCCAAGCUGCAGUCAGCCAAUGCGACCUGUUGCCACAGUGCUGGACUCCCCAGCUCCUUCAACCGAUCCAAAAAUGUUUUCCACAUUAAAAUUUAGUUUCGAAAACCUCAGGAAGAGGAGGUUAGAAAGGCUGUCGAGAUUGCAGUCCUCAGGUCAUGUUUCUAAACGUAUGAACGCGCCACGGUCUAAAACGACCUUUGCCGCUGCAACGUUAGAGCUAUCUCAACCGGAUGAUGAAGAGCGAAAAGCAAGGGCUUUAGCUGCAGCUACUUCUGAGCUGGAAAGGCUUUUCCGGAAAGAGGAUUUCAGGCGAAUGCAGGUACUUGGACAAUUCAAUCUUGGUUUCAUCAUUGCAAAAUUGGAUCGAGAUCUGUUCAUUGUGGAUCAGCAUGCUGCAGAUGAGAAAUUCAACUUCGAGCACUUAGCAAGGUCAACAGUCCUGAACCAACAACCCUUACUCCAGCCUUUGACUUUGGAGCUCUCUGCAGAAGAAGAAGUUACAAUAUCAAUGCACAUGGAUGUAAUCAGGGAGAAUGGCUUUCUUCUAGAGGAGGAUCCGAGUGCUCCUCCUGGACGACACUUUAGACUGAGAGCGAUUCCCUAUAGCAAGAACAUCACCUUCGGUGUCGAAGAUCUUAAAGACCUAAUCUCAACCCUGGGAGAUAACCACGGGGAAUGUUCUGUUAUGAGUAGCUACAAAACUAGCCAAACAAACUCGGUUUGUCCAUCACGAGUCCGUGCAAUGCUAGCAUCCAGAGCCUGCAGAUCGUCUGUGAUGAUCGGUGAUGCACUCAGAAAACACGAAAUGGAAAAGAUAGUAGAGCACUUGGCAGAUCUGGAAUCUCCUUGGAAUUGUCCGCAUGGACGCCCAACCAUGCGUCAUCUUGUGGACUUGACAACUUUACUCACAUUACAUGAUGACGACAAUGGUGAUGAUGAUGCUGAUGAUGCAGCAGCCAUCUCAUUGGCAUGA